AUGGGCACCUUGCUCAGUAAAAUCAAAUCACUCAAGCCAUCCGAGAAGCCCACCACACUUCACCCUAUAAUGUCUUUUACACACAUCUCCAACGCGCAAACAACGUUUAAACCUCCGCUUAUUGCCAACGAAAAUGCAUACCUAGGGGACAUCGCCACUUCUGAGUCGAACGAUCCCACCUCCCCUAUAACUGCUGGUUUUUACAGAUUGGAGAAAGGAACACCACUUGUUUAUGAGUAUACAUAUCAUGAAAUGAAAAUCAUUGUCGAUGGGGAGUUUGAUAUUGGCGAUGAGACGGGACAGAAAGUUCAUGCAGUAAAGGGGGAUGUGUUUUACUUUCCUAAGGGAAGCAAGAUUACGUUUACCACGGAGACAUUUGGAUUGGGAUUCUUUGUUGGCCAAAGAAAGGAGGGUGCUGCAUGA